UACUCCUCCCGCAACUUCCCUCCCUUUCUCUUCCUUUACUCCAUCUCCCCAUAUAUACUAACCACUUCACUCAAUUACAAUCUCCAAGUUCUCAAAUCUAUCUCUUUUCUCUUCUCUCAAAUUCUUUACUGACUACUUCUUUGAACAAUAUCUCUGUUUAGUUCUUUCAAGAAAAACCAACUAAGGAUACAUAUGGCACUUGAAGCUUUGAACUCUCCAAGAGCCCCAACCCCACCAUCAUUUCAGUAUGAAAACACCACUCUCAACUGCCUUGAAUCUUGGACAAAGGGUAAGAGAUCAAAAAGACCACGUACUAUAAUGGAGCAACAGCCUACUGAAGAAGAAUACUUAGCUUUCUGUCUUCUUAUGCUUGCUCGUAGUAACGGUAAUUAUACUACUUCAACAAAGAAUCAGCAACCCCCACAGCAAAUAUCAACUUUGACAUCGGAUUCCAAGAAUUUGUACAAGUGUUCAGUGUGUGGUAAGUCUUUUGGAUCUUAUCAAGCUCUAGGUGGACAUAAAGCUAGUCACCGUAAACAGCUCAUUAACGGAGACGUCAAUGAGAACUCCGCCACAACCUCCACUAUCACCGCCGGUGCCACAUCAGCUACCGGCGGUAGUGGGAGGACUCACGAGUGUUCCGUUUGCCACAAGACUUUCCCAACUGGACAAGCUUUGGGUGGUCACAAAAGGCGUCACUACGAGGGAAAGGUGACGUCAUCCGACGGUGUGGGGUCUUCGAGUAGCCAGCGUGGAUUUGACUUGAAUAUUCCGCCCUUGCCGGAAUUUUGGCCGGGAUUUGGCUCCGGCGAGGAUGAGGUGGAAAGUCCUCAUCCAGCUAAGAAAUCGCGACAAUUUCCGUCAACCAAACUUGAAUUAUUCUGAGAAGUUUAGUUCGUUGAUUAGUUAACUACUAUAUAGUACUAUGCUUUUGGGUGGGCCGGAUUUAUUUUUUUUGGUUUUCCUUUUUUUGGGGGUAAAUAUCAAAUACACUUGGUGAGAGUGAUUAUUUAAUUGAUUCAAUUUAUUUUUUAAA